AUGCUCAUUUACAUCGUGAUGCACCCAGUAAUUAUUGGGAUGGCGUUUAUAUGCUCAACACAGAUUUACCGUCAGCUCGGGAAAUUUCUGAACUGGUAUUUCGUGGACCAAACGGUAUCCAAAGUACACGUAACAUCACAACAAUGCUUGUAUUUUUCAGUCAAAUAGUGGCCUAUGAGAUAAUGCAAUCGACUCAAAUUAGUUGCCCAUUGGAAAUGCACAAAAUAACAGUGCCAAAAUGUGAUCGAACUUUUGACUCCAACUGCAAAGGAAAAGUUGAGAUGCCAUUCAUUCGUGCUAAGUACGAUAAAACGACCGGAUAUGGCUUUAAUACACCGCGUGAACAGCUGAACGAACGUACAAGUUGGAUUGACGCAUCUUUCCUAUACAGUGUAGAAGAACCAUGGGUAGCCUCUCUUAGAUCCUGGUCAAACGGUACCCUGGCUGAAGGCCAUAUACCGGGUUAUCCACCGCUGAACAAUCCCCAUAUUCCGUUGAUAAAUCCUGCUCCCCCACAGAUUAAUCGGCUUAUGAAUCCAGAACGGCUAUUUAUGCUUGGCGACCCACGAGCAAAUGAAAAUCCCGGUCUACUAAGCCUGGGAUUGAUUUUAUAUCGUUGGCACAACAUUCAAGCACGCCGAAUUCAGAAAGAAAAUCCUGAUUGGACAGACGAAGAUGUGUUUCAGGCUGCACGACGAUGGGUAAUUGCAACUUUUCAAAAGAUCACCUUGUACGAUUUCCUGCCGGCGCUUCUCGGAGACUCAGAUGCUAUACCACCGUACACGAGGUAUCAACCCCACGUACCUCCUGGGGUAUCGCAUGCUUUUGCCACCGCGGCAUUUCGCUAUCCGCAUUCACUGAUUCCACCAGCUCUGUUGCUUCGUAAAAAUAUGAAAAAUAAGUGCGAGUUUCGCGAUGAUGUCGGUGGUUUUCCAGCGUUACGAUUAUGCCAGAAUUGGUGGAAUGCUCAAGAAAUUGUGCGGGAGUACUCAGUUGACGAGAUUGUGCUAGGAAUGGCAUCACAAAUUGCUGAAAAAGAUGAUGUAGUUGUCGUUGAAGAUCUUCGUGAUUACGUUUUCGGACCAAUGCAUUUCACUCGGCUUGAUGCUGUUGCACUUUCAAUAAUGAGAGGUCGUGACAACGGCUUGCCUCCAUAUAAUGUGCUUCGAAAAAGUUUCAACUUACCGCUACGAAACUGGUCAACUAUCAAUCCUGAGUUAUUUGCAGAAAAACCAAUGAUGUUUGUUAAAUUGGCACACCUGUAUGGCGAUGACAUCUCUAAUUUGGAUGCCUACGUAGGAGGUAUGCUGGAAACUAAUGAACAUGGACCUGGUGAACUAUUUUCAGCAAUAAUUCGUGAUCAGUUUAUUAGAAUUAGAGAUGGCGAUCGUUUUUGGUUCGAAAACACUCUUAACGGUCUGUUCACAGACGAGGAAAUAGAGAAAAUCCGUUCAGUAACACUAAAAGAUGUUAUACGGGAAACCACUUCCAUCAGUGGCGAAGAACUUCAAGAGAAUGUGUUCUUCUGGAAAAACGGCGAUCCUUGUCCGCAACCUUUCCAUGUGAAUUCAACAGGUCUUGAAUCAUGUGUACCGUUUAUGCGAAUGGAUCACUUCACAGGGAACGAAGUUACGUACAUCUAUUCCUGCAUUGCUAUUGGAAUUAUACCAAUAAUUUGUAUUGGCAUCGGAUAUCUCCUGAUUCAAAAACGGCGAAAAAUGGGUGGCGGUUUACAUCCGUGUCUGAAAAAGAAGUUAAUGGAGCAACAUUACCGUAACGAAUCUAUGAUAAUUGAUACAAUAAAGAGCGAAACUAAAGAAAAACUACGAAUGACAGCAAUUGAAUGGGUGAAAGAAAACUACUGUCGUACAGUGGUUUGUGUCGUUGAUGUGCAACCUGCAAUACGAGUGGAGAAACCAAGAGGAGGCCUUUUACGCUAUUUCGAUCUAACUGAGCUAGAAAUUUUACAAGUAAUAAUGUCUGAAACUGGUCCGUCAUCAAAUCAUGAACCACUUCUACUCAUUUCUGCUCCGAAACAUCACGACGUGUUACUAAGACUGUCAAGUGAAUAUCGGUGUUGGCAAUUGAUCCGGGUUCUUCGGGAAUGCAUGGAGACUAAUGGGAAACAGUUUCGAUUACAACGAUUGCCCCAUAAUGUGAUUUUGGACAUUGCUGAAACCACUGAACGUCGUCAAGCAAAACUUGACAGAUUCUUCCGUGAAGCCUACGCAAAGUUAUUUAACAAAUCCAACUUCUCGGAUGGAGAGCAGAACAUAAAUGAAGGAGUAUCAGAGGAAGUUUUGAACACCGCUUUGACCAAGGCAGAGCUGGCUGAAGCUCUCGGAAUGGUUGAAACCGACCUUUUUGUAGAACGCAUGUUUGCUUGUAUGGCACGAAAUGGUGAAACUCAUGUAACUUUUGCUGGUUUCUUUAGGGUACUGGCUCUCUUCACUCAAGGAACUUUACGCGAUAAAAUGAAAAUUCUCUUUGAUAUGUGUGAUAGAGAUGGAACAGGUUGCGUAGAGCGUGCCGAAUUUUGUAACUUUGUCAAGUCCUUGAAUUGUGCUGCUGGUGUAAGGGUAGACGAGGCUGUCCAAGAUGCUGUUCUGGAAUCAGUUUUAAAAAGUUCUGGUAUUGGGUCCGAUCGAUCAGUGCUGAACAGCGAUGACCUGGAAACUAUAUUCCAUCAGAAUGAAAAGAUAAAUAGACCUGUAGGAGUGCAUAUGAGAGGUGCGAAAAUGAAGAUCAAUUUGGAAGAAACUCAGAGUAUCAGCAGUUUUACGCUCGAACCUGGCAGCGAGUCGAAAGAAACCUGCUUUUCGCAGUGGCUCGCCUACAUAGAAAGUUAUCGUCAACAUAUCGUUAUCCUCUUCAUCUUCUCGGCCAUCAAUCUUCUGCUCUUUUUCGAAAGAUUUUGGCAUUAUCGUUAUGAGACGGAGCAUCGAGACCUACGCCGUGUAAUGGGCGUUGGCAUUGCAAUUACUCGAGGUGCUGCUGCCUCGCUCUCGUUUUGCAUGGGUCUAAUUCUAACAACUGUUUGUCGGAAUAUCAUAACUUUAGCUCGCGAAACACCGCUGAAGGCGUAUAUUCCAUUUGACUCAGCUAUUGCAUUUCACAAAAUUGUUGCAAUUACUGCCGGUUUCUGGGCCCUUGUACAUACAGUAGGGCAUUGUGUGAACUUCUACCAUGUUGCGACGCAGAGUAAAGAAGGAUUACAGUGCCUCUUCCAAGAUGCUGUGUUUAGGACAAAUUUCUUGCCAUCUAUUAGCUACUGGUUUUAUGGAACAAUCACCGGUAUAACGGGUAUAUUAUUGGUGGCAAUUAUGAGCAUAAUUUACGUGUUCUCAGCCCCUGCAGUUUUGAAGCAGGCCUAUCAUGCAUUUCGCGUUACUCAUCUUCUCAACAUUCUUUUGUACGCGCUGACGAUUCUUCAUGGUCUUCCAAAACUGCUAGAUUCUCCAAAGUUCUUUUACUAUGUUAUCGGGCCUUCUGUCCUAUUCAUCAUCGACCGUAUUGUUGGCCUCAGACGUCAGUAUGAGAAACUUCAAAUUAUAAGUGCCGAAAUUCUGCCAUCAGACAUAAUCUACAUAAAAUUCAAACGCCCUCAUCAGUUCCGCUUCCGUUCUGGACAGUGGGUCCGUGUGUCUUGUCCAGCUUUUUCAUGCACAUUCAACGAGAUGCACGCUUUCUCUCUGGCAUCUGCACCACAGGAUCCUGUAUUGGAGCUGUAUAUUAAGGCAGUUGGUCCAUGGACUUGGAGUCUUCGUAACGAAAUUGCGUGCUCCCAGAGUAACGCCUCAUCCUACCCUGUUCUUCAUCUAAAUGGACCAUAUGGUGAUGGUAAUCAGGAAUGGCACGAAUUUGAUGUGGCUGUUUUGAUUGGCGGCGGAAUUGGCGUUACACCCUAUGCAUCAAUUCUGACUGAUCUCGUUUAUUCAAAAUCGUCUGGAAAGUAUAAUGCCAUCAAAUGCAAAAAGAAACUGGACGACAGAGACCUAUUGGAAACUCACAUCUUUGUAACGCAGUUCUUCCACAGAUUUGAUCUGCGAACUACAAUGCUGUACAUAUGUGAGAACUGCUUCCGUGGUAGCACAGGUGGACGAAGUAUGUUUACUGGGCUACGGGCAACAAAUCAUUUUGGACGACCAAAAUUUGAGUCGUUCUUCCGAUAUGUUCAACGAUCUCAUCCACAGGUAGAAGAAGUUGGAGUAUUCAGUUGUGGUCCAGACUCUAUCAAUCGAGAAAUUCGGGACGCUUGUACAACAGCCAAUAGGGUUCGAAAUGCGCCUUCCUUCCAGCAUCGUUUUGAAACCUUCUAAAA